AUGGACCCGAAUACAGCCAGCAAGAACCUCGCGUCGAUACGGAAUAUAGACCCGUGCGCCGAGGCCAUCCUUGAUAAGGUCAAUCAUACUGCCCUGUAUCGCUUCAACAAUGUGUCGCGGGCCUGGGAAAAGUCGGACGUCGAUGGUGCGAUGUUUGUCAUCCAGCGGAUCGACACACCGUACUACAGCUUGAUACUUGCGAAUCGUCAGUCAUUGCAAGAUAUGAUCGAGCCAAUCACUGCCUUGAUUCGUCUCCAGAUGCAGCCGCCCUAUAUAUUCUUUUGUAAACCUGAUGGAGAGAUCCGGGGUCUCUGGUUUUUUAACGACGCUGACUGCGAGCGGAUCUACAACAUUAUGCACAGGAUUGUGACGGAGCUGCAGGCGGGAAAGGAAAAAUGUUCAUUCAUUACGCCGAUGCCCGGUGCAAGCAGCCCGGCUCCCGCGAACAAGUCCCCCGUCGAGCCAGCGGCCUCGGUGGCGCCUCCCAACGACACGAGCUCGCUGAAAGAUCUGUUGGCAAGACUCAAUAAGGGAACUCAGCCCUCCAAUGAACCGGCCGCAACAGCACCCAAGCAAACGCAAGGCAUCUCGAUAAUGGGCCAACUUUUCGGCGGUAGCAAGCCGCCACCAACCCCCGAGGCGCCAGUCUCUGCGACCCCCAUUGUGCACGUUGCCGAUUUGGAGAAGAGAUUCUUGCAGGGCGAAAAACCGAGCCCGUUGAAACCCGCCAGCCCGCUGAUGGGCAAUUCGACGUCUGCCGCAAGUCUGAAUGCCUUCUCGACCCGCUCAGUUCAAGGUUCAGAGGACCAUGACCCUUCAGAGCUCGACUCGGUCAGCAUCCGCGGAGCAGAGCCGGGGCUGGGUGGCGACAAUGAUGUGCCACUUCUUGAUCGGGAGCAAUUCCGCAGCGCCAUCGCCCAUCUCCUUCAGCAUGAUGACGACUUUGUCACGCAGAUCCACCAAGCGUACGUUGACGUACUGAUGAACCGGUUAAGCAUCAGGCCAAAUGCUAACUCG